GAGACUGUCGCACAUUACACAAUGCACCUACUGUACUACAGGAAAUAGAGAACUUCUGUACCUGUGCUCCCAGUUAGCUAGCAGGCUGAAUAACGGGAAAUACAAACGAUAACGAUGCUGUUAUUAUGUCUGUAGGAGAGUUUAAUGGGAACUGACAGCUGACGGUGAGCAGAGGAUGGACUGCAGCAGGACUGUUCUGGUGACUGGAGGCUCUGGAUUCAUUGGCUCCCAUCUUGUGUGUUCCCUGGUCCACAGACACCCAGACUGGAGAAUUAUUAACCUGGAUAAUUUGGAUUACUGCUGCAGCCCCAAGAGUCUGGAGAGUGUCGAAGACAGAGCGAACUACACCUUUAUCAGAGGAGAUGUGUGUAACUCGCGGCUGGUAAAUCACAUUUUCAACUCAGAAAGCAUUGAUGUAAUCUUCCACCUGGCAGCCAGAACACACGUCGAGACGUCAUUUGAAAGUCCGGCUAGUUUCCAGCGUGUCAACAUCGAUGGAACCAGAGUGUUAUUGGGAGCCGCCCAUCAGGCCCGACACCAGCCGCAGUGCUUCAUCUACGUCAGCACCGAUGAAGUGUACGGAGCCAGUCUGGACGAGGUGUUUGAUGAGAGCAGUCCAGUGAGGCCCUCCAACCCAUAUUCUGCCACUAAAGCAGCAGCGGAGUUCCUGGUCAGGUCCUACUGGGAUGAAUAUAAGUUUCCCAUCAUCAUCACCAGGAGCAACAACAUCUACGGGCCCAGGCAGUACACUGAGAAGGUCAUUCCAAGGUUUCUCACCCUCUUGCAAAUGAACAAGAAAUGCACCAUCCAGGGAACCCUCCCUAAAUCCCGCCAUUUCCUGUUUGUCGAUGACGCUGUCAGCGCCUUUCUGCUGGUUCUAGAGAAAGGGACUGUGGGAGAAAUCUACAAUAUUGGAACAGGCUGCGAGAUUCCCAUCAUGCAACUGGCCAGGGAACUUGUCAAGAUGGUCAAGAAUGUGCCAGACUCUGAGGUGAAUGAUUGGCUCGAGUUUGUGCCCGACAGGCCACGUGUCGACCUGCGCUACCCCAUCAGCUGUGAGAAGCUGCAGCAGCUGGGCUGGAGAGCUCAGGUGUCCUGGGCUGAAGGCAUUCGACAGACUGUAAAAUGGUACCAAGACAACCCAGACUUCUGGUCAGACACGAGCGAGGACCAAGGACAGAUCAGAGGCAAGCUCGAAAAAGCGACCAACAAAUGAGCGGGCUCAGCUGUGCCCUGCUGCUCGACUGACAGGACGCUGAGUGAACAAAGACACAGAGUAGUGACUUUAAUUAUUUCACAUGAUAUUUGUGUAAAAGAGGCAAUUAUGGCUGAUUUACAGCUCACACAUGAGGACAGUUUAUUAUUAGGGGCCGGGCAGCUCUGCUCUUCUUCUUCCAAUGAGGAAAUCCGCCUUUCCAUGCAUGAAAAUAAACACAAUUUUGCACAUAGGUUCAGUCUUAUGCCAAGUUUUCUCAACUGGGCUAUUCAUCCAACGGUGGCGCUAAAGCAACCAUCUAAAGUUUACAUUUUUGAUAAUUCAUAUCAGUCAUAUGUGCUAAAACAGAAAUGUUCAGAUGCUCUCACUUAGUUUUUCUAAAUAUUAAGUACUAACAUAUUUAAAUAUAGUGUGGUAAAUUUUAGAAUCUCAAAAGCUGAAUUUUUGACACUAUUUUAAAUGUAGAUUAUUGCAGUCAGUGGAAAUAGAGCAUCUUUAAACUUCAGUUUAUCACAGUAAAUCAAGAUAAAAUAAUAACAGACACUGCUGACAGACACAACUUUUAAUAAUAAAUUUGGUUCCAUGUCAUUCCUCAAAAUGCCUGGCCCCCGACUGACUGCUACGCAGCUAUAAUUCUGUUUCUGUCUCUAAAUGAUUGUGGACCAACAGGCCCUGAAGUGCCAGACAACAAGAAGGCAGAGCCUUCCUUCAACCAAAGCCAAGAUUCACCUAGAAAUCAAUGCACUUUAUCUUGACACUAUGGAAGCCCAUUUCCGCCAAUGUGACGAGAAAAGAAAAAAAAAAAGAUUCUGUGAGUCAUAAUGAAGCUUUUUCUUUAGCAUUUCAAAAUAAUUUGAAACUUUAUCAAUGUUUUGACUUAGAAUCUCAAAAUAAGGAAGUUUGAGGUCCUCUGCUAGACUUGCUAUCCCCGCGACCCGAUCCCGGUAAGUGAAUGAAGAUGAGAUGAGAUCUCAAAAUAAUGAAAAAAUCUAAAUAUUGAGAUUCUCAUUUUGAGAUACUAAGACAAUAUUUUGUGAAAGUAAAAGGUAAAUUAUAAUGAAUUACAGAAUCCUUUUUUUCCCCGUCACAUUGGCGGAAAUGGGCUUCCAUAUGAUAUUAAUUACUGAUUCAGCUAAUGUUUACAAGUGGUCUUAUUUUGCUCCACUUGGGCUUUUAUGCACAAUGUUUAGAUGUUUAAGUCUGAAAUACACACUAAUGAAGUAUGUAAAAAUCUGAAAGCUCCAUUAAACAAUUAACCAACGCGUAAUAAGUUACCCUAGGACCCUAUUAUCUCGCAAAAUUUGGAUAGCAUGUUUCCGUUGUAUUCAUAAGAGACCGAAAUAGGAAAGGCUACAACAAUUGAAACGCAGUGCCCUUUUUAGCUCUGUGCUCCAACAGGUUUAGCAAGCCUCAGUCAACUACAUACUAUGUGCUAGGUACCCAAAUUUUUAUCAAAAUAGGCCCACUGGGAGUUGAAAUAUGUCCACUCUGGUUGAAAUGGCCAUUUUGUAUUUUGAAAAUGUCAGAAAUGGAUUCAGCAUCCCCAAUAACCGCCAAAACCACUCCCAUAUUGUCCAAAUAGGCGAUUAUGCUAUUUAAUGCUAAUUAUGCAAAUUGCCCAACAUAUGCAUAUGUUGACAUUUGUGUACUUCCACAAGUUCCAGAGUUUAUGUGCAAUUGUUGGCGUUGUGACUGAUCUUUUUAAAAAUCUUCUCAUUUAGCUGCCGUGUUUCCUUCAUUGUUCUAAUUUAACAGGUAGCUCAUAAAUCAAAUUAUGAUGGUGGUAGACUGAAAACAUGAAAUACACAUGUAUUACAUUUACAUACACUCAAAUACAAGGUUACUCCUGCUCCUGUUAACCUUUUACAGCAUAACCAUUCUGAUGAGUUUUAAAAUACUUUGAUUUUGUUAGAGUAGCCUUAUAAUAAAAGGAUGAGAAGGGAACUGUAGCUAGCUUAAAGUCCAUUCACCUCGUGUUUUAUACACAUUCUAAAGAGAUAUUUUCAUACGAUUGUGUAGAAUGCAUUAAACUGAAAAUAAAGUGAUUUCAUAUUUGA